AUGGGUAGUGAAUUGAAUCUUGAAUCUACGGAAUCCAGUACAGUUACCAGGACAUGGAUUGGAACUGUUAUAUCCAUUAUAUGGAAUUGGACCGGAGGGUGGUUCAGCUGGACUCGCCAGUCAGAUGCGAUGCUACGAAAUGUUGAGAAAAAAAUAUUAUCAUGUUUGAAAACAGCGUACAAACGUUUCUACGUGGACAUAGGAAGUGUUGUGGGCCAAAGCGACAAAAUAUGGACGAUAUCACUGAACGAGGAGUCCCCCAAGACUCCGCUAGUAUUGCUGCACGGGAUGGGCGCAGGCCUAGCGCUGUGGUGCCCUAACCUAGACUCCUUCGCAGCCACGAGGCCAGUGUACGCCAUCGAUUUACUAGGUUUUGGUCGAAGUUCCCGACCUAAGUUCGCGUGCGAUGCCCAGAAGGCCGAAGCACAAUGGGUCGAGUCUGUGGAGGAGUGGCGGCGUGAGGUCAACCUCGGACAGUUCAUACUGCUGGGACACAGUCUCGGAGGGUACAUCGCUACGGCAUACGCUAUCAAGUACCCAGAGAGAGUACGUCACUUAGUCCUAGCUGAUCCUUGGGGCUUUGCUGAGCGUCCACAGAAUGCGUACGAGAAGGCACAGCUGCCUCUCUGGGUCAGAGCCAUCGCUACUGCAGUACAACCACUUAACCCUCUCUGGGCAGUCAGGGCGGCGGGCCCAGCCGGCAAGUGGCUAGUCAGUAAGACCCGUCCUGAUAUUUCGAGGAAGUACCUCAACUAUGUACCCGACGCAGAGAGGGUUAUACCUGAAUAUAUCUACCAGUGUAACUCACAAACGCCUAGUGGUGAAAGUGCCUUCCACACCCUGAUGACUGGCUUCGGUUGGGCGAAGAACCCGAUGGUCCGUCGAGUGGACGAGCUGGACCCGGCCCUGCCCAUCACAGUACUGUACGGGUCCCGGUCCUGGGUCGACAACAGCAGUGGACAGGUGCUAGUGGAGCACCGCGGACCUAGCAAUACUUUUGUACAGGUAAUCAACGGCGCCGGUCACCAUGUGUACCUAGACAAACCUGAACUAUUCAACAAGUUUGUAUUAGACGCGUGCACGCGCGCAGACGAGCAUGACCCGCGGCCCGCGCUCAAGGCUGUCCCCGCGGAGCCCGGGACAGAGACCCCGGCGCUGCCAGCGGGGGGCGAAGCACCCUCGACCACAGUCGCCACCACCAACAAGGCGACCGCCUCAUCUGACGCAGCGCCCACAUCUUGA